AUGAACAAGAGUACUCCGGGCACGGUCAAGGUGGGCUGCACUUAUGAAAGUAGCCUGCCUUCGUUGCAGGAAGUCAAUUUGAGCAACGAGUUGAGCAGUAUCGUCGAUGGGUUUUGCAAGGCCUUCAAGCUGGCCGACCCAAGCCAGUAUCAGCUGCGUGAUCAGAAAACACAGACCAUAUUGAAAGAAGAGGCAGGGCACAUCAAACUGCUCGACUUUUUGCAGCAGCACCAGAGCAACUCGGACCACAAGACAGAAUUUGGUUAUGCCGUGCAGUGUCUGCAAACGCUGAUGCAUCACAACCUCGUGCCCAUCACCUGCUUUGACGAUCGAAAGGAGCUCGUCGAUUUUCUCUUUGCCUUUAUCAAGUCGGCUGCGCGACAGCCGGUCUUUGGUCAAAACCAAACCUACGAGUUGCUGGCAUUGUACAUUGAGCGCAGCGCUGAUGGCAUGACCCAGUUCAGCCGCAACAUGCAAGUGGAGGACGUCAUCAACUACAUGAACUCUGACGAAAAACUUGCCAAACAGCAUGCUUUGCCUUUUCUCAACGUUAUCAUGCGCAAGACGGUGCGGCCCCUGGAGCGCCAGGAUUGCGUUAAAAAGCUGGACAUGUUGACUGACCCGCUGCGCGGUGAGAACGAGGAGAAAGACAUCAAGCGAGACAAGCUCUACAAGAUGUUGGGCUUUGAAAACUCGUUGGAUGUGACCGAGUCACCCGAGCUGCUGUCCACUCCAGGCGUGCUGACGCUCGAUGCCCUGGUCAAAUUUAUUGACAUUGAUGCCAAGCUCUUUGUCCACUGCACACACCUGGCGCUCCGGACAUGGCGCGAGAUGGAGGCGCGGACAGAAGAUUUUGACAAGGUGGUGAUUAUGACGCGCCGACAAAUUGAGGUGGCGUUUGCAGCACCAGAGGCCAUUACGGACAAGGAUCGUCUCAACGAGGUCCUGACGAGCAAUUCGUACGAGAAGAUGUUGGAUCGCCAACGAAUGGCGGAAAAGGAGGCCUUGCACAAGCAAAUCCUGACUGAGCCAGUCAAGCGGUUGGAGCGCAAGCUGCGCGAGGACAUGGUCAAGCUGGUUCGCUCGCAUCACUGGAAGAUCAUGGAGCAUGGUUUGCGUUUCACGGCCUGGGUCAAGGGUCGUCAAAAACGCGGCGAAGUGCGCGACGUGGCGUGUCUGCUGGUCGGUGAAGAGGUAGAAGAGGUGUCCAACUUGAAGAAGAAGGACUCAGAGGAGAUUAAUCGCACCUUUGCCAUCAUGGGCGCUGGCAUCGACGACAAGUUGAUUUUUACCGCCGGCAAGCGGAGCGACGCCGCCAUCUGGAUCGAUGGUCUCCGCGCCCUCACAGGUGGCGCGCCCACAGAGCCUGAAUCAACUCGAGAGAUUGAUGACCUUUUGCAGCUUGAGGUCCGCUUGCACCUGCUCAAUCUGCAUGGCAUUGAGCUUGGCUCGGCCCCAGCGAUGUCGCCCAGCCCCUUGAAGCCAGUCAGCCUCAUCAACAAGGCUGAUAACAACGAUGCGAAAAACAUGACACCGCGCCGGCGUCGCCAACUUCCAUCUGGCCCUGCCGGCAUGCGCCGUGCACACUCCAUCUCUUUCCUGCCCUCGCUAUCGACCGAGCACGUUCAAGAGUGUCUCAAGGAAGAGUCAGCCAAGCGUCUGCAAGUGGUGACCGAACUCAAGCUAGAAAAGGAGCAACGCUGGCAGCUCGAGGAUGCCAAUCACGCGCUGCGUGAGCAAAUCAUUGUCGUCGAGCAGAGCGUGCGCAAACUCAAAGAAGAGAUUGAGCGAUUGUCGGUGGAUGUUCAGACCGAGCGAGAGACUGCCGAGUCACUUCGGCGCCAAAAUCUAGAGUUGCAACAGCAGCUUCGCAACAGUCGCUCACAGCUCGAGAAGCAAGGCGAGCAUUUCCGUGCCCAGCAAGAGGCUGCCGACGAUGUCGAGCAAACCAUGAAGGAGGUGCGGCCCAACUCUGACUCGAAAUUCUGCCUGCUCUACUUUGGCAAACCACGACCCCUGCCGAUGCCCAUCGCGCAUGCGUCUCACAUCGCAACAAUCUCUCAUCCUCUCCUUGUCUCGUGGACGCGCGUGCUCGAUCAAUUUUUUCGCGGCUCGAUGCAGCACUUUGACCAACUUCAAGCAGAGCGAAGGCGGCGCGGCUAUGCUGAAGAAAAGCUGGCAGCGCUUGUCGCCAUUAUCGAGGAGCGCCAGGCCGGUGCCAGCAAAGUUUUGCUGACCGAGGCCGAGGCUCACCUUGGUCGCGGGUCAAUUCCAGACCGUCGACUGGCCAGCUCAUCCACCCUGAGUCGCGUAGAGAUCUGA